AUGUCCGAAUCCAUGCUGCUCUACUGCCCCCCGGCGCCACCACGGCGGGAAUCGCUUUUUGGAAGGCGCCUGUGCGAGAACGGCAACGCAGAGCUGAUGGAUCUGACUGCUGUCAAGGCCAAUAUCACAGAGACUGCAACUGCUGAAUUGCCUGUCAUCGGCUCCUCCACCUACACAAAGACCAUCAGCAGUCCUCUUGUCAAAGCCGGCUAUGACACCAUGUCAACAGGUAUCCCAUACGGCUGGAGACUCAUCGGGUAUUGGGCUUCGUGA